AUGCAGGUACCUCAGCAGCAGCAGCAGCAGCAGCAGCAGCAGCAGCACAAUGCAGGGUAUAACUUUUCGCAGUCGCAGUCGCAGGGCCAAUCCCGGGUGCAGGCCCAGGCUAACCCGGCUCCGGCUAGGAGUAACAACGGAGUGCUCCAACAACAACAACAACAACAACAACAACAACAGCAGCAGCAGCAGCAGCAGCAGCAACAACCGCAGCAGGCAGCAAAGAGAUUCGCUCAUCAGGAGGCGAGCACGGGGAAGCACAUCAUUGUGGACAUCGCGGACACGGCUCUAGAAGUGUUUCCAUUUGGAAAAAUCGCCAAAAGACAUCACGUGUCUGUGGACAAGGUUCGGAACAUUUUCGAGGCGGUGGUCGCGAUCCCGUUCCUGCGGAUACCGGCGGACAAGCGGCGAGCGGGCAAGGUAGGACAGGAGCGGGUCAAGAAGUACGUCAUGACCAAGAGAGAACUGGAGAAGCAGAAGGCGGCAAGCGGCAACUUUGGCGGGAGCUCCGACGGGCAGCCGUCCGUGUACGAGAUGGCUCGGGCGAUGGGGCCUAGCGAGGCACCCAAGGAGUGGGCGCAGGGCACUUGGUGA